UCGCUGGGGCCGGGGGCAGGCUUGGCCCUGGGGCGGCUGAGCGUGGGGACAGAGGCAGAGGAGCAUCCCUGCCUUGGGGUCCGGGACAAUGAGACAAAGCGCCGCCUUGGGGACAGGGACCCAGGGACACCGCUGCCUGCAGAACAGGGUCAGUGGGAUGUCCCUGUCGUGGGUGACACAGCCCCAUUUCCCAGACAACACGCUCACCUUGCAGGCAUUGUUGCCCAAGCCUGGCACCAUGGACAAACCCAUCACUCCGGGGGAGCUGCUGUGUCUGGGCUCCAGCCUCGCCUUCUCUGGCCUCUUCUACUACCUGUACAGGAGGAAAGCCAGAGUCGUGGCACGCAUACAGGAGGCCCCCAAGCUCCAGGUCGAUGACAAUUUGCCAGCCGUGGUGUCUGCAGCUGAGGGGCGGUGCCUGCCUUACGUUGCCCUGGAAGGCAUAGUGCUGCCAGCCCAGGCUGCACUGACCAGCCACUACCAUGAGGGGCUGCAGGGCGUGAUCCAGAAACUGCUGCUGAAGGAGCAUCGACUGAUCUGGAACAGCUUGGCCCGAAGCUGGAGCGAGAGCGAGCGGGUGCUCUCAGAGCAGAUCUACACCGUCCCCUUCCUGCUGGCCUCGCCAGGCCCUGAGGCAGCCACACAGGUGAGUGUGGACAGCCCACUGCAAGCCGUGUGCCUGCCCCUGGAGAUGGUGUACGAGCGCUUCCAGCAGCCAUCCCACGGCUUCCGCGACCUGCUGGGCCAGUACCUGAUCGGAGAGAAGCCCAAGGGCAUCCUGGAGACCGAGGAGAUGCUGAGGGUAGGGGCUGGGCUGACGGGCAUCGGGGAGCUGGCCCUGCACCCCGACGGUUCCCUGCACCUCCAGCCGCCGGCCCAGGGAGGCGAGUUUUUCCUGUGCCUGGGGGACUGGCAGACGGUGCGGUCAGAGCUGGAGUCGGCCAGCGGGCUCUGGAAGGCGGCAGCGCUGCUGUGCGCGGCAGCGGGGCUGGCCGUGCUGCUGCACGCCCUGUGCCGCGCCUACCGCCGCUCCCGCCCCAGGCAGCGGCAGCAGGACAAGGAGCCGGACGAGGAGCCGGACGAGGAGGCGGCCGGCGACCGGGCGCCCGAAGACUCGUGCGUGGUCUGCCUGUCACAGCCCCGCGAGUGCGUCCUCCUGGGCUGCGGCCACAUCUGCUGCUGCUUCCGCUGCUUCCAAGCCUUGCCCACCCGCCUCUGCCCCAUCUGCCGGGGGCCCAUUGACCGCGUGGUGCCCCUCUACCAGGUCUGAGAGCACCCGGGGGUGCCCGGGGAGGGGCAGCGAGAGCCGGGCCAAGCCUGGAGCCUGCAGAAAUCUCAGCUUUCUCCUCAUGUGCAGCUGUGCAAUUCCUUUUGGGAGGGAGGGGUCUUGGUGUGCCCUUCAGUCUGUUUUGGGGAGGAGGGGAGUCACAGCCUCCUCAUCCUCCCUUUGUCUACCAGAAGGACCUCCCUAAACAUGAGGCUUGGGGAAUAUCUACACAAAGCCUGAGCUGAGGAGCUGAGACCCCCAACCCCACACUGGGGCACUACUUUGGCUGCCAGCUAUUGGACUUUUGUCUCUUUCUGAGCCAUGACCUCCCAAAAGCCACACA